AAAUUUAGUGAAACUUGGGUCUCUCUGGUAAUCGCAUCAUGUCGGAUAAAUUGAUUUUGUAUGGCAUGGACAUUAGUCCUCCUGUUCGCGCCUGCAAGCUAACCUUGCGUGCCUUGAAAUUGGACUACGAAUACAAGGAAAUGGAUCUACUGGCAGGAGAUCACUUCAAGGAUGAGUUCCUCAAGAAGAAUCCGCAGCACACCGUGCCACUUCUCGAAGAUAAUGGUGCCCUAAUUUGGGAUUCACAUGCGAUUGUUUGCUACCUGGUGGACAAGUACGCCAAGUCGGAUGAGCUAUAUCCCAGGGAUCUGGUGUUGCGCGCCCGGGUGGAUCAGCGUUUGUUCUUUGAUGCCAGCAUUCUGUUUAUGUCGCUGCGAAAUGUCAGUAUACCCUUUUUUCUGCGCCACGUCAGUAUGCUGCCUCAUGUUUCAGCGGAACUCUUUAUUGAUGUUCCGAAGGUUCUUAGUAACGUGGAUUUUGUCAACCUGGCCACCUAUGACUUCCAAACGCCGGAACGCGAUCCCAAAGUUGCAGAUCUGCCCACACCACUGUAUGCCAUGUACGAUCGGGAGCCCAGUCACAAUGUGCAGUACCAGGUGCAGUAUUGGAUGAACCAGACAUCCGAAAUCAGUGUCCACAAGCUGCACGUGGGAGUGACCAGUUACGGGCGAGCUUGGAAUAUGACCCGAAACUCCGGCAUCACCGGCUAUCCACCAAUUCCGUCGGCAAAUGGAGCUGCACCGCCGGGAAGGCAAACUGUUACGCCAGGAUUGCUCAGCUGGCCGGAGAUUUGUGAUUUGCUGCAGCAGCAACCACAGGAUCGCGAGGUUCCCCAUCUGCGCAAAGUGGGCGAUCCCACCAAGCGUUUCGGCAUCUAUGCGUACCGGGCGGCGGAUGAUCAAGGGGAGAAUGGCCUAUGGGUGGGCUACGAGGAUCCCAUGACGGCGGCCAUCAAGGCGGGAUUUGUGCAUGCCCAAGGAUUGGGAGGAGUGGCCUUCCACGAGCUGUCCAUGGAUGAUUUUCGUGGUCAGUGUGCUGGCGAAAAAUUUCCCAUUCUGCGAAGCAUUAAGUUUAAGCUAUAAAACAAAUGCUCUUUGCUUUAAAUUCAAAAUUUGCUAGCUGUCACAAUUAUCCUUUUGCUUUUUCAGUGUAUUUGUAAAAUAUGCAUGG